AUGUUUCUUUUCAAACUUGGGCUUCUUAGCUUUCUCAUAAUCUUUGGGCGAAUCGAGGCGCAUUGGAUCGGAGAAGAGUACUGGACGAUCAUCGACUGGAAUGGUGCCAUUACUGAUGGCCGAUCGGUUGACGACUUUUUGGAGAUCCCCGGACCAGAUGGAGGCACAACGCCAAACGGAUGGGUGGCUUAUUGGAUAACCCGAACAAAGUACCCGGAGAUCCACUACGAAGCGUUCGGCCAUGCAAUCAAAAGAGAUGAUGGACGGAUCUGCGGCUAUUUUGUUGGCGAGGAGGAAGAAGUUGUUGAGGUGUGCGCUGGCUUUCGAAUUCUCUCCCGUCAUCGAACUGAUCAAGCUGAUGCUAAAGUCUUUCAAUGGGUGUUGGCCGGGCAUGUGACGAAUCGGGAUGAGACAGUCGGAUUCGUUCUUCAUCGAAUCGCCAGCACUAGACAUGGGGAACAGAUCAUUUACGGUGAUGCGAUGCUGUUGGACCGGCGAUUCAAAGCCGUUCGACCAGCAGUGUUCGAGGAUUCGAUUAUAAAAAUCGGUGUACACGAGUUUCCCUCAAGGGUUUACCUUCUUGUCAAGCUCACUCCCGAAGUUGGACCGAUUCGAACCGGACUUUAUGAAGGUCACUACCACGAUCCACACACAGAUCAUAAAGCUCACGGACGACAUGGACACCCUUUGCCGCUUCACCGACCACGAGCUGUUGAGACUAGAUCAGCUAUUUGCGCUCCCGGCUGGUACGGUAGGGAAUGUUCGGAAAGAUGCUCUGAAGGAUGUGAAUUUCCGGAGAGAUGUGAUUACACUUCGGGAUACUGUUCAAGGUGUAAACAAGGGUGGUACGGAAGUGGUUGCUCGCUAAGAUGUUAUGCAGGAUGUGAGAGCUGUGAUCAAAAUACUGGUCACUGUUUGAGCUGUCGCUUUGGAUAUCAAGUUAACCGUAACUACGAUCCAAUUUUUGAUCCACGCUCUUCACUCUACGAUCCACGAUACAACCCAUUUGAUCCACAGUAUGAUGUUGAGAAAGACAGGGAACGGUAUUUCUCGGGAAUCCCUUCAGGGAAUCCACCGCUCACCCCGCAAAUCGGAGUACACUUGCACUCGUGUCUUGACGGUACUUUGCCCGAUUCAAUCCAGUCACCAUCACAUCCAAAUCGAGUGGCAAAUUCUCCA